AUGGCCGGACACUUAAGCAGAACUGACAAGGGGCUGCUCAAGACGUAUUGGGAGAGCAAGGAAGAUGAAGAGCAUGAGAAAGCGAUGACCAGUAUGACCCGCAAGCGCGCGCUUGACAUUCGCAAAGAGAAUCUAAGGCAGCACAACAUUGAUUCUCGACAGAUGACACAGGAACUGGAAACGCUGCACCAUAUCGACGGGCCACUGAAUCCAUUCCUGACCCAUGGUGCCGCCAGCAGCAACCGGUUAUCAGACUCCAGUAGCAAGGCCACGGAUGCAACCAAUCAGGACGUCCACAGCAAGGGUGAUGACAGGGACAAUGAGGCCGACUCGGAUUCAAGCUACCAGCUGUCCAGCACCAACUCUGCAGACACUACUCCCAAGGCAAACCGCAAGAAGGAUUGGAUAUGUUUUUACCCUCUAGGCGUGGGAAGGCUUGACUAUCCAGCAGCGUUUCGUGGUCCAAUGUUUGCGAGUGAGCGAGACGUUGCAGAACUUUUGUGGAACUUGCGGCAGGUUGUGGUAGACAAAUUGGCUAACCAGGAAGAUAUCGAUAACGCUAACCAAUGUCCGACGCUGGAUCGUCCUCACGAGUACCUUGUGCUCAACCACAUCUACUUGAUCGAACGCGACGACAACUAUAGCUCCCUCCACGCAUGUCUUGGCCAUGACCUUUGGCGUGCAAUGCAAGCACCAGCGCUGGAGAAGCUUAUCGAUGAUCAGUCUGUGACGGCAUUGGUCGAUUUUUCGUUUCGAGUGGCUUCUAUCGGCUAUCAAGAAGGACGGGAGCUGGUUCGACAGUGGCAAGGAGAUCAAGCUGUCGGUGAUACUCUGUGGUCCUUGUUCAUGACCAACAUUCUGUGGGAUACUUCGAUGGACGACGAUAACGAAGUGGGGCUAACCAAGAAGAAGAAUGACCCGUUCUUGCAGGCGUUAGCACGCGAUGGAAAUGGCGCCAGACCUGAUUUCUUUUCGGGCUUCAAGUCUCAUGGCAAGAUGUCGUAUCUGAUGAUGAUUGAAAUCAAGAAGAAGGCACAAGGAGAUACAGUCAUACUAACAGACAUGGAGAAGCUCGCACUGGAGAUGAAAGAUUGCAUUGACGCUAUGACUCGCGACCGCGUCGACAUUGUCGGCAUCAAAGUCUAUGGCUAUACCAUUGUCGGUCAUGAGAUUGCGCUGUAUUCGAUGUCGUUGGAGGCUCCGGGCAUGUACAUGAUGCGCGAGUUGGGCAAGGCCUAUCUUCCACGGAAUCAUCAUGAUUUGGCUGUACUUCCAAACACCAUCAACCUUUUCCUGAACCUCCAGCGAGGCCUCAAGGAAUCGGCUCGCUUGUGUGGGCAGCCCUUGCUCGAUCAACCUUACACUGGCAUCUGCGAGACACUGGGCACGCCUAUGAAACGCCGCGUCGCCAAGUGA